AUGGAUUCCCUCACCACCCACCCGUCCAACGCCACUCAGGCGCGUGCCUUCACCUCUGCCUCAUCGCUUUCCUUCCCCGGGGGUGCAGGCGAUCUCACCCCUCCCUCCUCUGUGAAAGAGAUUCAGGGACAACCCGUCGCACAACCCGCGCAGGAACAGCAACAGGUUGGAGGAAAUGCCGUCAACGGCAAUGGGGUGACUCCCGCUACUCCGGCCGCGACCCCGGGCGCCACGACUGGCGGCUCUGGUAUCGUGCCGACCUUGCAAAACAUCGUGGCUACUGUCAACCUUGACUGCCGCUUGGAUCUCAAGACCAUCGCGCUGCACGCUCGCAACGCUGAGUACAACCCAAAGCGUUUCGCCGCCGUGAUCAUGCGUAUCCGUGAGCCCAAAACCACUGCGCUGAUCUUUGCCUCGGGCAAGAUGGUCGUCACCGGUGCCAAGUCUGAAGACGACUCGAAGCUGGCUUCCCGCAAGUACGCGCGUAUCAUCCAAAAGCUUGGCUUUAAUGCCAAGUUCACGGACUUCAAGAUCCAAAACAUCGUCGGCUCCUGCGAUAUCAAGUUCCCUAUCCGCCUGGAGGGUCUGGCAUCUCGCCAUCACAAUUUCAGUUCCUACGAGCCUGAAUUGUUCCCUGGUUUGAUCUAUCGUAUGAUGAAGCCUAAGAUCGUGCUCCUGAUCUUCGUUAGCGGUAAGAUCGUCCUCACAGGCGCCAAAGUGCGCGAGGAGAUCUACCAGGCUUUCGAGCUGAUCUAUCCCGUGCUCUCUGACUUCCGUAAGGUUUAA